CGCGAUAUGCCUACACACACCCUUUCAAGUAUUUCUAUUCUUUAAGUUCAAUCCAGCAUCCAAAGUGCUUCCGGUAAGUGGUUCAUGAUCUCCAACCGACCCACACAGAACUUUCUAAUCCACUACAGUCUUGGGUGCUCGAGGCAGAUAUGAGUUCCGAUUUCCCCGUUCCCCGUGCGGCACUCACCAAAGACAAAGGCACACCACGCAUCCAAAGUAUAAACCCACUCCGUAAACCAGUCCUGUCGUGCCGCCCCCCACCGAUGCACCAAAUCCGUCCGCUGAUCCCCAAAACCCAGACGCUUUAACCUCGUCUCGCGUACAAGGAAAAACAUCCUUGGCCGUGGGUCGGGUGACGCGUCCCGCGCGAUCAGGUCCUCGGUUCCGUCGCCACCUGAAAAACCUGAACCCGACCUUUUCUCCGCCCAGAAAAAACACCCUGCACGUACGGAACAACGCUGCGGCCGUUAUAUACGCCAAGCUCCCUCGACCCAGCCAACGAAAAGAUUUGGUGCCUCGCCUCCUGCUCCUGUCAGCGCCUGCCGCGCACCAUGUGCACGCCUGCAGCGGCGGCCGGCCGCGGGCGCGUGCGGCUGAACGUCGGCGGCAAGGUGUUCGAGACGACGGCGGCCACGCUCUCCUCCGCGGGGCGCGACACCAUGCUCGGCGCCAUGGUCGACGCCUCCUGGAACGCCGGCCCCGCGGCCGCGGCGGAGUACUUCAUCGACCGCGACCCGGCCUGCUUCGCGGUGCUGCUGGACCUGCUCCGCACGGGCGCGCUCAGCGUGCCCCCGCACGUCUCCGAGCGCGCGCUCUGCCGCGAGGCGCUCUACUACGGCCUGCUGGACCGCGUCCGCGCCGCGCGCUUGGAGGACGGCGACGGCUUCGACGGCGACCGCCUCCGCCUGGCCGCGUCCGUGCCUGGCCCUGGCCGCGCCCCGGGCCACGACGGCACGGCCGUCCGCGCCGCCCCCGACGGCGGCUGCUGCGUCGCGCACGGCGGCGCCCUGGUGCGCGUCUACAACUGGAUGCUCGAGGAGCGCCCGCCCGUGCACCUCGACCACGCGCCCGUCAACGACGCCGCUUAUCUCGACGCGUCCACGCUCCUCCUCGCCGCGCGCGAGCGCCCCGGCAGUGGCGGCAGACGAGACGGACACCACGGCAAUGGCGGCUUGGCCGUCUUCUCGGCGCUCACAGGCGAAAUCCGCCAUCGCUUCCGCGUCACGCACGACAAACAACCCAGGCCCUUCACCCCCGGGGCGCUAGCCUUCGACGACCGGCAGAACUCCAAGAUCUUCGCGAGCUGCAAGGGUCGGCUCAACGAGUACGGCGUGGGCGCGUGGGACGCCACCACGGGACAGCAGACGGACUUCUUCUACGAGCCGCCCGGCUGCGCGCUGGGCGACGCGGACAAGCUCCAGUGGCUGGAGGGAACCAGCACGCUCAUGGCGGCCACCAUGUUCCCCCGGACGGACUCCUCCUUCAUCAGCGUGCUGGACUUCCGGGCCAAGGACGUCGCGUGGUCGUGGUCCGACGUGGGCACGCCGGCCUCGCUCGAGGACAAGCACGCGGUGCACGCCGUCGCCAUGGACGACGGCCGGUCCGUCUGCGUGGUCAACCAGUACGACGACCUGGGGUUCCUUGACCUCCGGAGCAACGCUGGCGGCGUCCGCUGGAGGUCCCGGAGCAAGCUGUUGAGGAAGACGAAGAAGGCGAUGCACGCCGAGGAGACGUGCUACCCCAAGCUCGCCGCGCACGGCGGGCAGCUCUUCGCGUCGACGGAUGACGCCGUCUCAGUGUUCAGCGGCCCCGAUCAUGCCCUGACGUCGACGCUUCGGGGCAGCGACGGCGGGGGUGCCAUUUGUGACUUCUCCAUCGGCGGGGGCCGCCUUUUCGCCCUGCAUAACGAGGAGAAUGUGUUCGAUGUCUGGGAGACGCCGCCCCCGCCGAUCAUCUGACUUUUCUGGGGAUUUGAUUAGUGUUAAUUUGUGUCAAGAGAGAGGAUUGCUGACAGAGGUUUUGACUUGACUUUUGAUAGAGAAACACACUGUAACUUUCUCAUCAUUGUCAAAAGAACAGUGAAGAUUGAAGUUUCACUAAACAUAUAGUACUACAGUACUUCCAAAAUGGAAUAUAGAUACGGAUGGAUUGUUGUCAUUAUCUACAAA